AUGUCAACGCUUUAUGCUCAACGCAAUCGUGUAUCGCGCCGGUUUCCUAGGCAGAAAACCAAGGGCUCUGGAGAAUCGGCCACAGUCACAAAUAAUAAUUUUCAGGAAAUAAAUGAUGCUGUAAUUGCUUUGAACAAAGUGCUCAAUGAGAAGUGUCACUUUGAAGACAGUGUAGACAGAAAAGAAAUCAUUGAUUCUCUGAACAAUGCUACACGUAAUAAGUCCAAGACAUCAAAAACGAAAGAUCAGUAUGAGCCAACCAUAGGAGACAUUGGUGAAGGAAUAGAGAUAGAAAGAGCGUUUCGGGCACCCAAUGCUGUCCGGUUAAUUCGGCUAUAUAAAAUAAAUUACCGCAAGCUUCGCUCUCAAUUCCGAAAUGCUCUUAUCGUACUCGGCGUGAGAAAAGAGCUGUACAACGACCAUCUACAGCAUGAUCUGGAUGAUGGACACAGGAAAUGGGCCGAUACAAGUAAUGACUGGAAAUUACACAUCACUGGGAUACAGCUUGAGAAUGCACAUUUUCAAGAUAGUAUGCGUCGCUUUCGGGAUGAAUUCAAUGUUUGUUACAUCACAGUGUUUCCUUCUGGAUUUAAUUCUAAUUCGCUACAGAAAUUCACUGUUAUACACUACAACAGGCUAUAUCUUGCAGCUGCACGCUACCAGUUUCCAGAGGAUGGCACAAUGAUUAUGAAUGCUCAUAUUGACCUCACCCUAGAACCAUUGGCCAAUGCCCUUGAAGAUGUUCUCAAAGAGUUUACAGAUAUUACUGAGCAGGUAAUCCAACGGAGUGAACAGUACUCGAACCAGCGGUACUUGAAUCUGACCACUAUUGCUACUUUUCUAUCGAGUGUCACUGCAACAACACUACAGAUCAGUACUGGGCCUACUGGCGGGCCUGAUUCUGUAUUGGCAGGGAUAACAAACGAAUUCUGGUUCAUAUCGCUUGUCUUCAGCAUGGCAUCAGCUACACAAAGCCUAAUCAUUAUGAUAUGGCGUCAGUCUUUCCGACGUCAGCCUCAAGAAGUAUUCCCAUCUGUUGUCUGGAAAUGGUUCCGGAAUGGACCAAUUUAUUCAUUAGCAAUCGCUAUGAUAUCUUUUUUUGUUGCUCUUUGUCUUCUUGCUUUCCUUGUUGAUCUACCGGCAAGUAUCAAUCAAUUCAUUAGCAAAUAA